AUGUUGUUGGGAUAUUUGUUUGACUCUGCAAUGGCGUUAAGUGACACCUCUGGUUCAGCGGAUGAGAGGUUUUCAGGUCUCGGCGACCGCGAGGACUCCAGCGGCGGCGUUGGUCCAAUGACCUGGAGCAGCUGGCCGGUGGCACAUGGACUAUGGCAAGCCCAAGCAAGGGAAGAUUGGAUGGAGUUGGAGGACGACUAUGCAUAUCCUAUGGGGGCCUAUGGAGGCAUAUCAUGGGGUUCUAAAAACUAG